UCACUGCAGUGGUAUUAUAUUGUUGGCCCCAUUUCUGCAGUCAUAUUUUUUACACUGUUCAUCUGGUACAUGUGCAAGAGACGACUGAAAGGUGUGACAAUAAACUAUGUCCUCUAAAUAGUCACCAUAGCAACAGGCAACGUUCCCGACAACAAAAGUGAAUGCCUUAAAUUCCAUUUAUAAAGAUGCUCCAUUUUUUCUCCUCAUCGUCUCCAUCCUAUUCAGACUGGGGGGAGAGCGUUUGUGGCCUCCCCUCAAGAUAAAGUUGAAUAACUUCACAACCGUUCAAGCUAUGACCGCCAAACUUAGGGACUUUCCUAAAAAUUAUCUGAGAUCCUGUUAGAGUCGCGGUAACGAGUACGUCAACUUGACGUUACCAUGGUAAACAAAGUUUGACCGUCAUGUUUUUUUAGAUUUGCAUUAUUCCUGUAAAAAUGAUCGUUAUCUAUGAUUGUUAACUUAUUUAAUUCUUAUGUUACACUUAAUUCAGGAGUAAUUAUAACGCGCGCUCUCGUAAUUCGCUCGCUCGCUCACUCAACUAUUCCUGAUCGAAAUAAAAGGCUACUCGUUGUCUAAUAGUUUUUGCUGCCAGUUUUCAACGUACUUAUAGACUGUCGUUAUUACAAGUAUCUAAUUGUUAUUAUUUUUGUCAGUUGGCACGAUUUUCUUGGUCUUACGAUCCCUUUAAUUUCCUGGUACCAGGUGACCUCCUGUCGCCUUGGCAUUGUUAUUAGUAUUGCUUUGCCCUUUUCAACAUAUUUUAAAAGACCGUUGUAUUGACUCGUUAUUUUUUGUCUUCGUUUCUUCUUCAUGGGGAACAGCCAAGGCCAAGUAAGUGUAAUCUUUAAAUCCUGCAUUCUAUGUACUUGAGGGGCUAAUUUGUUGACCCACUGCAAGCAGAGCCUACUUUUGUCUUCUUUAUCGGGGAGAAAAAGAGGCUCCGGCCAAAUAGCGUCAAGCCUUUGGGGCUGCCUCAGCCCAAACUUCUGGGGUAGUUAAUCUUUUUUCUCUUUUUCAAACAAUUUUUCGAGAACGAGCAUCCGUUCAAUGUUAAACCGCUGGUCAUAGCCGAGCCCGCCGUAGUAAACGCACGGCUAUUAGGCCUGGGUUGAAAUACCUUAGCAACAUACCGCGCAUGUUCAACAGAGAUCUUACUCGAUUCAAGCACAGUCUUCCUUGAGUACACCAAAAUCGAGCAAGAGAAAGAAGGGUUUUGCUGGCAGGGUGAUACGUUGAUAAAGACGAUUAAACUAACACUUUCAAAAGUAAAGGAAAGCAGCGAAAAGAUCAUAUUGAAUAUAUAUUUAAUUUAAUUUAAUUAUUAAAUUUAAAUUAAUAGUAAAGUAAUUAAAAGUAAUUAGAAUCUUUAUACAGGAAUUCGCCAUCACCCGUGGGUGGUUUUAAGACGAGACCUGUCACUAAAUUAAAACUAUACUAAACAAUAAAAAUACUACGCACGUAAAAUAGACAAUAAAAGGUACGAGGUCUUAUUGUUCCUAUCAAAAUUAUGCUUAAAGAUGCAAAACUGGCAUGACGCGUUUGGUAAUUGUGGACUAAAGACUCUCUAUUAAAAUGAUAAAAAAACUGAUCCUGGUUCACGUUCUUCCUGUCGUAUUGUUUUAGUUUGUGUUCUUUCUUGUUUGUUUCUUUGUUUUUUUCCCCGUGAUGUUUAGUGAUAUAUCUCUUUUCUUUUUUGCUUCGAACGCUUCCGAGUUGAAGUCGUCUGCACAAUUAUACACUAUCCUAAUUCUCUUAGUAAUAGCUUUUUGCCACCUAUUCACCUUUUACAGUCUCGCUGAUGAACAUCAGGAAUUUGAACUGAAGGAGUUGGUUCACGAGGUGGAUGAAUGGGAGGUUGCACGCGACCGUAUAAAGCUAGAAAAUGUGAUUGGUUCUGGGGCAUUUGGGGCAGUCUGGAAAGCAACUUUGAAACAAUCAGACAAAAAGCAUGGAGCACAGACUGUGGCAGCAAAACACUUCACUCGUGAGUCAGUUCAACAUAUUACACUAGACACCUUUAUCUUUGAUUGUGAGCACAAGUGUGCCUUAUAUAAUUGCUAUUGUGGCUGGCCCUAGUGUUAUGUGGCGUGAUUAAGAAUCAAAGCUGACUGAAUUUGCUCUCAUCACUUCUGUUGUAGCGACUUCUGGAGAAGAAGGAAGAAAAGCUCUUAUGAAGGAGAUUGAAUUAGGAAAACGUCUAGCAGAAAGUCCACAUAUUAACGUUGUCAAAUUCAUCGGCUGCGUUACGACACAAAGUAAAAAUCAUCAUUCAUUAUAUUUAGUCUUCUUCUUCUUUUUCUUUUAAAUGUAACAUACUGUUGCGAUAACCGAGUGUUCAGUGAUUUCCAUUGUGUCUCACUACAGUUCACCCAAUAAUGAUCAUUGAGUACAUGGCAUAUGGAGACCUGCUGGGUUACUUGAGAAAGAGCCGAGGAAUUCACGACCCACAUCAUCAUGGAGAGGGUGAGGCUUUUGAGCUGCAGCCAUAUGACCUGGUCUUAUUUGCGAAGCACAUUGCUACUGGAAUGGUGUAUCUUGGAAGCAGAGGGGUAUGUGAACAAUUAUGAAAUGUAAAAUUUGCUGUUACUUGCUCUUUGCUUCAUUACUCCGCUGCAGAUUUAGUUGUCCGUACCAACUCAAGACAAAUUCCAUUUAAGAAAACGUCAGGGGCGACUUUUGUUGAGUGGUUUCAGUCCUUCACUGUACCUUGGCGAGAAGGAAUGUAUUAGAUAUAACAAUCAGGUCAAGACUUAGGACCACUUGCAAGAAAUGAAUAACGUUAUAAUAUAACGCAGUAAUAUUUCCUCAUAGCUAAAAAAAUUGAAUUAGGCAGCCAAAGACUUUUCUGGGAGCGGUAAGCGAACGAUUGACCCAGCGAUUCCCUUGUUCCAUCGCUAUAGCACAGGUGGUUCGAAAAGCACCGCUUCCAUAAUGUGGGAUCGUAAAGCGAUCGAUAUCAGAUGUAAGUGUCAUUAUAUACAACACUUUCCGAGAAGAAGAAAAAAUAACGACAAAAACAAAGAGCCAUGUUUUUGAUGCAAAAUCACGAUUUCCGUGCGCAGCUACAGUUUAGUCAGAUAUUUGCUAGUAUAUAUAGAGCGUAUUCACUCACGUGACCAAAUUUCUAUAUCGUCAUGGUUCCAUCGUAAACGGCGUUCAGUAGCGUGACAGCAAUAUUUAGAGCAGAUUUUACAGUUGUGAGAAGACGUUAGGGUAAUAUUUAUAUUGUUUUCAUUAUGGUCCUGUGCCUUGUCAUUAGCUGUGGGAACAAAACAAGGAAGAAGCGGUCUAACAUCGAAAAAGUAAGACUUUUUCGUGUCCCACGUGUUAUAGUCAAUCCAGGAAAGUACACCGAAGAGCUCACCUCUGAGCGAAGAGGAAUGUGGAUCUCUGCGAUAAGUAGAGAUGACUUAACUGACGAUAUUUUAUAACGCGUUCGGGUCUGCAGCCGACAUUUGGUUUCAGGAGAAGCUAGGUCCCCAACAUCCAUCUUGGGCAUUCAAGAUCCUGAAGAAGCAGCUGCUCGAGCCCACAGAGUUGCCAGAAGACGCAAACGUCGAGCAGAGAUCGCAGAAAAGGAGGUAGAAGAGAUAAUGAAACGAUUAGAUGAUACAGGGGAAACAGCUGAUGAGAUAUUCUACGAGACCAAGCCCGAAGCCCAGGCUUUCAAUGUUGAUGACAAAGAGUAAGAAACUAAGGAAAAAUUAUUAUUUAUACGGCAGUCAUGGCCAGAAAACAAUGAAUGCUGAAACUCAAGCACCAGAAUCAAGGGUAAAAACCCAAAAUGCUGCAACUCAAACGAAUGAAUUUGAAUAUUUAUUUAAGCAAGCUGUUCUGCAACCAUUUACUGAGGAAUAUUUUGCUAAUCAUGAUGACAGAGUGAGGUUUUACGCUGGUUUGUCGGGUUUUAAUUUGCUCAAAGCAACGUUUUCUUUCAUCAGUCCGUUCGUCAAACGAAGGAGUAAAAGCUUGUCUUUGUUUCAAGAAUUUUUUUUUUGGUAUUAAUGAAAUUAAGGUUGAAUGUUCCUGUACAAGACCUUGCCUAUAGGUGUGGGGUUUCUCUUUCUCCUGUUUCAAGACCCUUCUCCACCUGGUUAACUGUGAUGAAUAUCAGGAUUUCCCCUAUCAUCAGAUGUCCUGAACGAGAUGAGCUCUGGCACACAAUGCCUCUUUUUUUUCAGUUCUCAUUUGGAAAAAAAACACCAUUAUUAUUGACUGUUUUGAAAUCUUUAUAGAGCGACCUUCAAAUCUUCUAGCAAGAGCACAAACAUUUUUGAGCGUGACAAAAGUAUUCUAUCCGGCAGGGAACACUACCAAUAAAUUAUUUGACAUGUUCAGAGAAAACUGAAAAAAUCCCACCUAUUGACAGGAUGAUCAGGGUUUGUGGAGCCCUUACAAAUCUUUCCCCAUCUAUUGUUCCCUUUGAGUAAGCUCAUCAGCUUUUGUAAGACAUUUAUAUCUUUGUGAACAUUAGCAAGAUAGAAUUGUUGUUUAAUUUAAAAUACUCCGAAAAAGUUAUGUAUGGCAUUGUAUUGUAUUGGCUUCACAUAAUAAUACUUCACAAAAGCAUGGCAAUGUAGAAUGAAGCGAAACAAUACAAAACAUAGUGGUGUCAUGCAUAAAUUUAUCGCAGUACUGGAGAAGUGUUACAAAAUGUUGUCGGAAAAAGGCAAUAAGGACAUAUUUGAAAGAGCAAGCCACUAAGCUUAAGUGCAAGCCGGGUGAGUUCUAUAGGAAAUUUAUGCUCUUUUUGACUGAAAGGCACAAGGGUAACACAAAUGAGCUUAGCCUAAGCAUCAAUAGGACCAUCUGGUGAGAUCAAUAUGCGGUUUCUUAUCACUUGUGUGAAUAUUUUGCUACUGCACAUGGCUGAUGUUUGUCAAUCAAGAACUUAGUGAUCAAUGAAGUUAUCAGGUUAGUUAUUGCGUUAAAUUCAUUUCAGACUUACUUUUUGAAUAGAUUAUUCCUUUCCAAUAUGCAGGUCCAUUGAGCAACUAUAUUAUUUUCUCUUUAACAAAGCAAAUUCCUUCUCUUCAAAAAUUUUUUAAUUGAAGAUGUACCUUACGUUGUCUAAAAUGUAGGAAACAUUUUCAAUACACUAGAUUUUUAACGUGGCUAAAUGUAAUUUAGGCGAGGUUAAACACGAGACAAUGCUGGCCAGCAGUCUCCAUUGCUAAUCGUAUGUGGGGCGGGCUUAGGGCUUUUUCAGGGCCCCAGUACUUCUUGCUCCCAGCCCUUCCCUCCCUCUGGGUGGCUCUUGGUAAGUAUGUAAAAAACUUUCCACUUUGACAAAAUGGGUCAUAGCAUUUCAGCAGUUUAUCUGAACACAAUGCCUUCUGUUUGUACGUCCAAAUAAAAUCUAAUUUGAGAGCUUCAUCCAAAAUAUCUCUUGUCUGUUUACAUUUUGAUUUCUCAUUUCUGGCUGCUAGUGUUUUCUUGGCACAAGGGACAAAACCACUUGCUAGGUACUUUUUUAAUUUUCAAACAAGAUAAAUGAGAUGUAGAAAUGUGGCAUGCUUGGUUUGUGCCUCCAGUCGCCAGCCUGCAAAACAAGCAGAACUGGGAUCAGGUGAUGACCUUUUGAAUAUACCACCUUCCCAGUAUUUCUGGUAGCACACGGUAUCUCCAGAAGUAAGUAAGUUUGGAAACAACAGAGUGCCAGUGGCUGACAUCAGGCAAAAUUCUUUUACAGAAGAGAUCAAUUUGCUCCUUAAAAGCACAAACAACAAAGUCACAGUAAGGCUUCCCAGCAGUGAAUAUUUGUUGUUUUAUGUUGGGUUUGGUAAUAGUAGGCAUGUUUCCUCUUUAGACUUGCAUCUCCAUUUUCUGACUUCAAACGAGAGAUGUAUUUGUUAAUAUACUGCUUUAAGUCUGUAUCCUUCAAACAAUAGGGCAUUUAACCUCCUCGCAUCCAUCCCCACAGCAAUCACACCUACAAAAAAAGUCAGGUGUGGCAUGCAACCAUGGAUACUGUUAAUUGAUAAACGUGCCACAUUUUGUUACUUGAAAGUUGAUGUGCUUUUCCUUCAUGACCUUUUCAUAAGCUUCAAUAGCAACACUUUCAUGUUUACAACCAUGUUUGGGUAACAAAUUGUUUCAAUAAGUGAUUGUGAUGGCUGUGCUGGGUUGGUUUGACAUGCUGCUUGGUAAUUGAUGCCUACCAGCCCCGUGACGAUAGAAGCUAGAGCCCUUUGACUGGUUUCUGGUAUCUGUAAGCCUUAAAUUGUUCCUUCCUGUGAUAACUCGUGUCGAGCACCAAAAAAGACAGUAGAUCCAUGGAUUCGACACGAGACAGGCACUCUGGAUCGUAUGUUUUGUCUGGUAUCGGGAUAGGAUCGAUUCCAACACAAGAAAUCUUCUCAAAGUAAAAUUUUUUCACGUGAGGAUCGAGCGUGUUCGCAUAAUCUUAGCGAGGAUGUUCCGCCAUGUUGGAAAAUGUGGAGCACCAACAUGGCGACUCAAAUUUCCCGUGAAAAAUAUCACGUUAUGUGAAUACGCUCUAUUACAAACUAAUCUAUAGGUUGCGAUGAUUUGCAAAAUUAACUGUAGGCUCUUAGAUAAUUGUUUGCAUCCGUCUGUCUCGGGAGACAAUGGAAUCAGCGCCAAAGUUUAGUCGGUGGUUGAGUUGCAGCGCCUGCUGUGGCUGUCCAGUCCGAUUCUGGAUUGGCAGGUUCUGUUACAGUUGUUGCAGAUGAACUCCGUACUUAGCUCUGCGGGUGCUCUGUCCUCCCACCCCACUGCUCUUUUCUCCUCUCCUCACCCGCCUGUCUUUUCAGCAAGCCUCCAGUGAUUUCGGUCUGCAGCUAUAGCUUCCCAAUGUGUAGGGUUGAUAUUGCCUGCCUUCAACUUUGAAGCGAAGGCUAGGCCUUUCUACCGGUCUAGUUCCAGUGGUAAGGUUGCUGCACAGUAUUUUCUUAGGAAUUUGUCCGUCUUUCAUGCGUUUUACUUGGCCAAGCCAGCCUAGUCGUCUCUGAUUGAACAAGGCGAACAUGCUAGGUAAUCUCGCCUAUGCUACGACAUCCUUGUUUGGGACACAGUCUCGCCAGGUGAUGCCUAAAAUCCUUCUGAGGCAGCGCAGGUGGAAAGUCUUGGUAGGAGUAGAGGGUCCAGGUCUUGCUACUAUAGAGUAGUGUGCACGCAGGCCUGGUAUACUUUCAUCUUGUUGCUGAUGGUCAACAUGGUGUUGUCCCAGAUCGUCUUUCUGAGAAGUGCCAGUACUGCUGCGGCUUGGCCAGUUCGUUUGUUCAGUUCAGUGUCUAGGGAGAGGUUGCUGGAGAUGAUGGAACCAAGGUAACUGAAGUCCUCCACCGCCUUGAGAGUGUAGUCGCCGAUGAACAUGCUUGGGGUGCUGCUGACUUCUUGGCCAAGGAUGUUGGUCUUCUUGAGACGGAUGGUGAUACCAAACUCGAACUCGAGGCUGAUGAGAUCGCUGUGUGCGGUUAAGACAGCAUCUGUCUUAUCAGUACUUUCCGAACCUUAGUGUUUGCUCGGAGACGUGCAAGGUUUCCAUCGCUUGUGGUGUGAAGGUACACACCAUUUAUUUUUUCUGGCUGAAGGCGUAAGACAGCAGUAGGAAGAAAACAUGCAGAAGAGUGUGGAAGCGAGUACACAGCCCUGUUUCACUCAGCUCUUGAUUUGGAAGGGGUCUGAGGUUGAGCUGAUGAAAGACGUGAUCAUCCUUAGGAACUUGGGGGGGGCAUCCCAUCCUCUGCGGGAGAGUGAAUAGACCCUUUUUGAUGACUAGGUUAAAGGCCUUGGUCAAGUCGAUAAAGGCGAUAUAUCUUGGACAGUGAUAAGACAGAUGAGUGCAAUGUAUUAUGAUACAGUCAACCUCCAUAUGCGACCACAUGUCGUAAGCGACCGCCUAUCCAAAGCACGGUCAACGCUUUUUAGUUCAAACCUCUCAUGGACGACCACUUCUUGUAAGUGACCGCUUGACGCAUGGUCUGAUGUGUAUGUUCGCUGUACGUUCCUUGAUACGAAGAGUAUAAGAAGAGCUAUUAGAAACAAAAUAGAAGUACAUAUUUUGCGAAAUAGAAAUUGCUUGCAAUGAAUUAUUUUUAGACGUGUCCGGAACUCACCUUGGAAGAGACACCCUGUGGUUCGAUUCUUGUAGAAGACCACUUCCCAUAAGCGACCACUAAGUCCUCGCCUUUUGGGCGGUCGCUUACUAGCGAUUAAAAUAUCAAAAGUAUUGGUCCCUCUGUCAAGGGACUGUAAAAGGUUAAAAUUUUAUUGCAGAGACUGUCGAUUACAAGAUAUAUUCCCAAACAAACCUCCUCCAUACUCGCAUCUUUAGAGACUAAGAAUUAUUGAAAAGAAGUGAUCAAAUUUGUUUCUGUUAGUUAGGACCAUUAAACAUGUCUUUAUUUUUAGAUAAUUCACCGUGAUUUGGCGGCAAGGAACGUCCUUCUUGAUCAAAACUUUGUUUGCAAGGUUACCGAUUUUGGGUUAUCAUAUCAAAGCUUCAAGUAUGGCCACGGCAAUGCAAAAAAGGUACGCGAAUUUUACCUAUCAAACUCUAGCGCUUUGUUAAACGCUAAAUUAAUUAUUCUGAUAGAUUUAUUGACAAAUUUGACGGAAACAGAAGCUCUCGCUAAAGUAUAAUCCGAAUUCAGUUAAAGGGACAGUUUGGUAGGAUUGAAUUUUAGUAGACUAAGAGGAGCCCCUUAUUUUUAAGUCCCUCGAGCAAAACACGCGCCAGUAAUGUUGAAGAAAAGAUUAAGAGUCUCUUUCCAGUCCAACAGUUAGUAGUCUCAAUGGAAAGGAAACCGCCCCUUUAACUAAGCUAGAAGUAGCUACUCCAAGUAAAUUUUUCAUGACUGUAUCAGGUUCUAUAAACCGCUACAAUAAAAUUACAAACUUGAAACGCUUCAAGUUUUCUUCUUCUUCACCUAUGAAACUGGCACAAACUUAUCCUGUGUCAUUAUUUCUUUAAUAAUUCUCCUGAGUUCAACACAGUUAUAUUCUGUACUUUUCUUUUUCAACUUAAGUCUUGGUAGAAAAGAAACAAAAAAAUGGCUACCCAGCACGCUACUUUUGGCAUAAGCAAACUGGUGAGAAAAAAGAAAUAUAACGAUAAAACAGUUUGCACAAUCCAAUUUCUGAAUAACCUAACUUCAAUUUACGGUUGUCUUUCGUAUCUAAAAUUAGACCAGAAAGUACAAUUUCAGCCUAGCUAGGUAAAGCUAGUAGACCUAUGUAAAACAACAGCAUAUGUGAAUGUUUCUUUCUUAUCUCUUUGCUAUCAUAGGGUUGCAUCCCUGUUAAGUGGACGGCACCUGAGAUUCUUUACGGAAAUCCUGCAGAACUUUCCACCAACAGUGACGUGUAUGUUUUAACACAAACGAGUUAAUCAGAAAGCAAUUACAGCAAGAUGUUUAACAGAAUAAGAUGAUAGCACUGUUAAUAAUGACGGAAGCACGGGGCAGGUGCUGAAUAUGAUAAACUCUCUCUUUUCUUACUUCCUGCGUCCUUUGUAAUUUACGGUCGAAAUUCCCUUUCCGUCUACCUAUCCAAGUAAGAAAAUCAGUUUUCUCACCUAAAUCUUGUCGGUUUGGGUGGUUGCUUAAGGAAGGUUUUUUGACCGCUGUGCAAGCCGACGGCGAGUUGAAACUGCGUAUUAACAUGAUCAUCCUCACGAUCCAUUAUUAGCUGCUGCCAAAAAUCUGAUAUGUAUUUUUUCGUUGAAAGGUAACAGCGUACAUUGAAAGGAUUAUUUCUCCAAAAAGGAUUGCUUUCAAGCAUCACUAAAGCAUAAGUCAUUAUUGUUUCAUAACUGAACAACUCAGAAAAUAGUAGUUUACAGAACACCACAAAAUAUCAAGCAACAAGCAUUCUUUCUGAUUAUGUUUUUGUUUGGUGGCAGGUGGUCAUAUGGAGUCGUUCUGUACGAGAUAUUCACCAUUGGUAGGUGACGUAUUAAAACGUUUUGGCUUCAACACAAAGAUUUUCACCUUUCUAACUUUUUCCACCAAAAUUUGUAGAAAAUUUAAUUUUGUAAAGAUCGCUCUAGAUAGUAUGCAGAAAAUUAAAAUGGGACUUCCUAUGUCCGCUUCCGAUAGUUGAUCACUCCUCCACAGUAAUAUUAUUCCUAGAGUUACCUUCAGAGCGGGAACUAAUAAGAGUAAAAGGGUAAAAUGAGAUAGUUUCACUCGCACCCGCAGCUAAAAGUCCCUUACGUGGUAUCUGAGACAGAGAGAUAAUUCUACGGGGACAGAUAUAAUUUAAGCAAUUGUGAAUCCCACAAAUAUGUAAAUGCAAUACAUGAAAAUCAUUAGUCUAAAGUGAACUAAUACAGUCUAACCUUUCCGUGCUGACCUCCGCAAUACAGGCGACAUCUCUUUAAACUCUGUAUUACAGACAGUUGUCGCGAUCCUGACGAAAACCUCCAUGCAAUCUCUACCAUGACGCUCUUGUAUUGCGAGUACGUAGCUCUAUCCCCCUGGUGUACGUAUCAAGGAAGUGUGACUGUAAUCGUUUAUCGGUAGGCCAUGACUAUAAAAUUUCCAGAAUGAACAUUCCAACUGGUGAUUAAUUUCCUUAGCAACUUCGUUUCUGUUUCUAAACUUUCGUUCAAUAAUCUGCAAGUAAAAAUGUAUUACGUUUCUAAUUCAAAAAAGCUGAAAAUCGAGUAAUAUGUUCAAGACUGAAAGACGAAAUGUACAUCUUUGCCAAUUCACAGGAGGUAUUCCAUAUCCAGGCUGGUCAGAAGCCAAAACAAUUGCGGAAAUUAAAAAUGGUUACCACAUGCCAAAGCCCGAACAUGUCGACAAUACGCUGUAC